AUGAAAGACAAAGAUCUCUUCGACAAUGACGAUUCAUUUUCUUUCUUCAUUGUAGUUAUUCCCAAUAUUCCAAUCGAUGCUCGAUGGUCACAGAAUGGAAAGACCAUUGCUGGAGGUAAUGGAUACGGAGAUGCCACAAAUCAACUCCAUUGGCCUUACGGUCUCUUCAUUGAUGAUGAUCAAACGAUGAUCAUUGCUGACUACGAGAAUGAUCGUAUCGUUCAAUGGAAGAUGGGUGAUACGAAUGGACGAAUAGUAGCUGCUGGAAAGGGCGAAGAAAAUCAAUUGAAUCGCCCAAUCGAUGUGCUAAUCGACAAAGAGACUGAUAGUCUCAUUAUCUGCGAUGCAGGGAAUGGACGAGUUGUACGAUGGUCUCGUCGUAGUGGUACAACUCAUGGAGAAAGCCUCAUUGACAACAUCCAGUGUUAUGCAUUGUUCAUGGAUGAUCAGAGAUAUCUCUACGUCUCCGACGAAAAAAGAGAUGAAGUAAGACGAUAUCAAAUAGGAGACAAGAAUGGAAUUAUCGUGGCUGGUGGAAAUGGUAAAGGUGCUGAUCUCAAUCAACUCAACGAUCCGUACUACAUCUUUGUCGAUCAACAACAGACUGUCUACGUGUCAGACCAUAACAAUCAUCGUGUAAUGAAAUGGAAUAAAGGUGAAAGAGAAGGCAUUGUCGUCGCUGGGGGG